GCAUUUCCCAAUUUAACAACAGUUGAUUUAUCAGGAAAUUAUAUUAAAAAAAUCCAAAAUAUACAUAAUACAAUGUAUUCGAGAGACUUAAAUCUAUUAGAGAAUAAAAUCGAGAAAAUUGAAAAUCUGGACCAUGUGAUAUGCUUGAUUGAUCUUGAUCUAUUCAGCAAUAAUAUUGCGAAAGUUAAAAACAUUGAAAAGUUGGUUAAUAUACACAAAAUUAAUUUAUGUACCAACAAAAUCAAUGAGAUGAAGAUUCCGGACAACGGAAAGUAUUCAAGUAAUUUAAAGUCAGUGGACCUAUCUUAUAAUUCCAUUACAAUAUUAAAAAUUAUUGUCCAAUUGAAAGAUUGCUCAGAAAUAAAACAAGCCUGUAAUCAGUCAAUAAAAAUUCAGAACGAAUCACAAUAUCUCAGAAUUAAUAAAAUAUUGAAAAUUUGCCCAACAUAA